AUGUACGAAUGGAAAGAGUACGCCAGAGUCAAGAUUAUGGAGGAGGUGAAUCAAUGGUUUCAGCACCGUUCCUGGGCAGCGGAGGACGAGGCUAGUAAGUUGGAGGAAACUGAAGCAGAAAGCAGAGAGAUGCUCGCCAAUGAACAUGAAUCAAUACGCGCACUAAAGACAGCAAUCGAAAGAAAGGAAAUAGCACUCGUUUCGUCUGUGAGUAGCUUCCGGCAAAAUAUGGAGAAGCGAAUCGAGCAGCACUGGGCUGCCAAACGAAAAGCUCGGGAUCAGGCUAUUGCGCAGGUGCAAAGAGAAGAGGAAGAACGCAGACAAGAAAGGCUGAGGCGACAAGCAGAGCGAGCUGCGAAGAAGUUUACUGAUAUUGAUGACCAAAUCGCAGACCUGAAGGACAGCAUUGAGCAGGUCAAGGGUGAGAUCCACAAGAAAGAACUCAUGAAGCACACCUAUCCAACGAAACGUCGUGCCAGUGCUGGUGCCGGCAAAGCUGGAGACGUCCUGGCAGUCAUUUCUGCCCAGCAAGAAGAAGCUCAAAUCCUUUCUGGCAAACUAGCAAUGGCAAGCCAGAAGCUGGAGACCCUGGAAGAUGCUUUGGAGAAAGGGAAGGCCUUUUUUAGCAGUGCAGCCUUCAAGAGCAAAAAAGUACGGAGUCUUCCAGCAGAUGACCCAGCUGGAGAAGUAGUCAAUGAGGAAAUGACUGAAGCCAUGAAAGCGGUGCUCGCACAAUUGAUGAUUGAAGAUGAAUCCCUGGCUGAGCUCAUUUCGACUGCUAUCGGUCUAGCCAAUUCUCCAGCUGGAAAGAACCGAACAAGAAAUGGCCUCUUGCGGCUUGAUGACAUAUUUGGGGAAAAGGAUUCGGCACUAUCAGAUCCAAAGGUUCCUGCGGAUGAAAUUGUCGCUAGCAAUGACCCUGAAGAACGGAAGAGAAAACUCCAGGAGAUUGAAGCCGAAUGUGCAAGGCUUCAGGAGGAGAUUGAGAAUCUCAGUGGUGGGGAUCAUAUUUUGCCAGAUCCCAUUCCAUUGGAGGAGGACGCGCAAAAGGUCAAGCUGCAGACGCAGAAGGAUGAGGCCAUUCAGAAAUUGUUAUCGAAGGCAACAGCAGCUCGUUCGGCUAUGAACCAGAAGAAGGCAGCUACGACUCAAGCUCAGCAAUCACAAUCCUAUGAGCCAUCUGGAAUUCCUACUGGAGGUGACAGCAGUGCAGAUGGCGAGGGUGAUGAAGAAGAGGCUCGAAAACACGAGGAGUCUGAUGAAUAUGCUGAAGCCACUCGACAAAUGGAAGAGCAGAAAGUGAGGGCUGCAGAGCUUUCCCUGGAGGCAGGGAGAGCUGCGAGUCGAGAUCAGAUUGAUCAAAGUGGGCUCAAUCGAAGGAGUCUAAAAGGCCUGCAACCACAAGAUCCGCAGGUGGAAUCAGAUAUCUCGAUUGAAGAUGAAGAGGUGAAAGAACCACAUGCAACACAUGCAGCAGAAGAAGCGCAUGGUUCAGGAGGAAUUGAUACACGAGGAGAAUGA